AUGCAAUUCUUUGGACAGAGGAUCAUAGAUGUUGCCUGUAGGCAAUAUAUAUGUGAUCUCUUUUGUUCCAGGUGGGGUUGUAAAGUUUCAAACAAUUCACAACUUAAAAUAUAGGUUGACAUGCAAUUGUUGUCGUGCAAAUAGAUGGUACCUUCUGAGUUCUGCAGAUGUAAAUCAUAUGCCAAGGAGUUAAGAGGAUUACUCUUGUGACUGUGUCUUAGCUGAAGACCUUAGCUACUGAAGAUGCUGAAAAUCUCUCUUCUGUAUCCAUUUUUCUUCCACUUUGUAUUGUUUCACUGUUCACUUGCUGAUUCUAAUAAAACCAACACAACCAGACCUCCUUCAACCAUCAUCACACAAGGUGUCAACAUAACUAAGCCUGGCUGCAAAAGCAAGUGUGGAAAUUUAACUGUUCCAUAUCCAUUUGGCAUUGGCUUAGGCUCAGGCUGUUCUAUAGGUCCGGAGUUUGACAUCAUCUGCAACACCUCUUUCAACCCUCCAAAGCCAUUCAAGGGAACAUCCAAUCUUGAAGUGAUCGAUAUAUCAGACAGUCAAAUAAGGAUUAAGAACGUGGUGGGUUCACACUGUUAUGACCAAAGUGGUAAUCUGACGAACGAGUACAAUUGGGAAAUCACUUUGACACCACAUUUCAGCCUGUCGAAUACAAAUCGGUUUACAGUCGUAGGCUGCGAUGAUGGUGCCAUGAUAACCGGAUUUGGUGCGCGUAAUAUCGCCUUGGAAAGCGUUUCAACUUGUGAAAAAACAGAAGAUAUCCUUGAAGGUGAUUGUGCGGGGAUUGGGUGUAGCGAGUUUCCGAUACCAAAUGGCCUAACGAAAAUUAAUUCCACAAUGUACAGUUUCAAUAAUCACACGAAUGUAUCGUCCUUCAAUCCUUGUGGUUAUGCCUUUCUUGCUGAGCAGAAUAGCUUCUUAUUUAAAUUAGCUGACCUCAAUGACCCAGCAUUUGCAAAUAGAAUCGCGGAAAAUGUCUCAAUAGCAGUCGAUUGGGUGCUGGGGAAUCAAAAUCAAAAUUGCUCUGAAGCUCAGAAAUCCAAAGACAUUGCAUGUAGGAAGAACAGUAACUGCAUCAACUCUGGCAUCAGACUAGGCGGGUAUCGCUGCACCUGCUUUGAAGGGUAUGAGGGCAAUCCUUAUCUUGAUCCAGGCUGCAAAGACAUUAAUGAAUGUGAGAGAAGCCCAUGCGGUCGAAAUGCUAUAUGCACCAAUACUGCAGGUAGCUACAACUGCUCAUGCCCUGAUGGAUUCACCGGCGAUGGCACUAAAGAAAGUUAUUGUGUUAAGCUGGCUUCGAUUCCAGUGUUGAAGUUUUCCUUAGGUUUAGGAUUUGGCUUCUUGGUACUCAUAAUUGCCAUUACAUGGAUAUACUUCAGCUUCCAGAAGAGGAAGCUAGUCAAACUCAGACGCAAAUUCUUCCUGCAAAAUGGAGGUUUACUAUUGAGACAGCGGCUAUCUUCUAAUGAAGGGAGUAUGGAAUCAACGAAAGUAUUUUCUGCUGAAGAACUUGAGAAGGCCACUGACAAUUAUGCUGAAGAACAUAUCUUGGGAAGAGGGGGUUAUGGAACAGUUUACAAAGGGAUUCUCAAGGAUCAGCACGUGGUUGCAAUCAAGAAGUCUAGAAUAAUGGAUGAGACUCAAAUAGAGCAAUUCAUCAAUGAGGUUGUUAUUUUGACUAAAAUCAAUCAUAGAAAUAUUGUCAAGCUCUUGGGGUGUUGUUUGGAGACCGAAAUUCCUUUGUUAGUAUAUGAGUACGUCCCAAAUAAAACUCUAUUUCACCAUAUUCACAACAGUGUGAACAUGCCCUGGUUUUCUUGGGAAAAUCAGCUCAGGAUUGCUGCAGAGGCAGCCAGUGCACUUGCCUAUCUUCAUUCUGCAACAACAAUGCCAGUUAUUCACAGAGAUGUCAAGUCACCAAAUAUAUUACUUGACGAGUCUUACAAAGCAAAAAUUGCAGAUUUUGGGGCAUCAAGAUUGGUGCCUAUUGAUCAAACACAAGUGACUACUCUUGUGCAGGGAACAUUGGGCUAUCUUGAUCCUGAAUAUUUUCAUACAAGCCAACUGACAGAAAAGAGUGAUGUUUACAGCUUCGGUGUGGUACUGGCGGAGCUUCUGACAGGGAGAAAACCACUUUCUCCUGAAAAAGGUGAGGAAGAAAGAAAUCUGGCUAAUUACAUUGUUGCAGCUGUGAAAAAAAAUCAGUUGUUUCAAAUAGCACAGUCAAGAAUUUUGCGAGAAAGCAGCACAGAACAGAUUGAUGCCUUUGGUAAGCUUGUUAAGAGAUGCCUCAAGUUAAAUGGGGGAAAAAGGCCAACCAUGAAAGAAGUGUCGAUGGAACUGGAAAGCUUGAGGAAGUACAAGUUGCAUCACAGGAAGUAUAUUGAAAGCCCUGGAGAGAACAUGGGUUUUACAGGGCAGCAGGCUGCACUGUAUCCUGUUUCAGGGGACCUAGGUUACAGCAAUGAAGAGUAUUCUGGGCAAUAUUGUCUUGACAGCUUACAACUCUUGCCUGCAAACAGUACUUCUCGCUAAAUAGAACCAUUUUA